UAUUAGCUUGAAAUUCUGGGAUAUAUUUACGUUCUUCACGGAGCGCAAAUGUCAGUCGCGAAAAGUGAUACGAUAAUAAUGGAGGCGUGUAAUGCUGUUGAACGCGAGGUCGACAAAGUUCUGUCGAAAUUCGGCGCGAUAAAUGAACAUGCGGAGGCAGUGUUGCGCGAUCUGAUAAACCACAUACAAUCUCUGAAAAAAGAUCUGGAGGAAGCACCAUCUAAUCAGGAACUAACAGCUGCUCAAGUUCAAAUGUUAAAACAAGCAAUGACAAAAGUACGUGAUACUGUACAAAGAUUAGCAACAGACCAUCGCGAUCUGCAUAGUACAGUAUCCAAGGUGGGCAAGGCAAUAGACAGAAAUUUUAUUGCUGAUUUUGCUAGUACCAGCAGGGAAGAUGUAUUUUCUGGGCCUGAGAAAUCUCAUCUUCUUAAUCAAAUAAUCUGUCAACACUUUUAUCGUCAAGGAAUGUUAGAUAUUGCCGAUGAAUUAGCAGUGGAAGCUGGUAUUAAAACCGAUGAAGGUAGAAAGGAACCAUUCACAGAAUUGAAUUAUAUACUGGAUUGUCUAAAACAGAGAAAUCUUGAACCAGCAUUAGAGUGGGCUAAAAAACACAGAGAAGCACUUUUAGCACAGAAUUCUUCUCUCGAGUUUAAAUUACACAGAUUACAUUUUAUAAGAUUAGUUCAACAAGGUCCUAGUAAACAGAGAGAAGCGAUACUAUACGCCCGCCAAAAUCUCACGCAAUUCGUCGUACGUUACGAGAAAGAAGUGCAAUCUUUAAUGGGAACAUUACUUUAUUUGCCACAUGGGAUCCAGUCAUCUCCCUAUAGUCAUUUAUUAGAUCCGACUUUAUGGCUCGAGAUACACGAUGUUUUCACUAAAGAAGCGUGUACAUUAUUAGGCUUAAGUGUGGAUAGUCCAUUAUCUGUUUGUAUCAAUGCAGGAUGCACUGCGCUACCUGCACUAUUGAAUAUCAAGCAAGUCAUGCAACAGAGACAAGUUACUGGUAUCUGGAAUGGUAAAGAUGAAUUGCCUAUCGAGAUAGACCUGGGAAAACAGAGCCGUUACCAUUCGGUUUUCGCCUGUCCUAUACUUAGGCAACAAAGCACAGAGAACAAUCCGCCGAUGAAACUGGUUUGCGGUCACGUUAUUUCUCGAGACGCGUUGAACAAGCUUGCCAAUGCGAAUAAAAAUCAAUUUAUUUCCAGGUUGAAAUGCCCAUACUGUCCGGCGGAGCAGAAUCCCGAAGAUGCGAGACUUAUUUACUUUUAAGCUGUGA